AUGGCGAGUUCUACGCGCAUCGUCAUCCCGGCGAGUGACACGGGGUUAUGGCGGGGGAAGCAGACGGACGAGGCGGCCAAGACGGUCUCUGAUCUUUUGCAGGAAGAUUUAGAGAAACAUCACGUCUUUUUCAACCCGUCCGGGUUUCACAACCAUCUCGUCCAUCAACUCCUCACCCUCUACAGCACCAACGCCUCCCCAUCAACCAUCCAGUCCGCCUACGCCGCCAACAAAACCUACCAGCUAUCCCACAUCCCAACCCGCCCCAACGUCGUCCACGACCUGCAAACCGACUGGACCGCCCACGCACCCAGCUACCUCGGCCGCGGCAAACACUACUCCGACUUCCUGGCCUUCUUCCAGGCCGAAAUCGACAAGCACGGCUGGGAGGCCGUCAUCGCCGAGUAUCUAUGCGCAGACACACCCAAGGCACGAGACAUUGUGCAGCGCCUCUUUGCGGGCGUGGUCCACCCCAUGAUUGAGCUGAGCUACGGGCUGGAAUUCGAGCAGCCUGCCAUUAUAGCGGAGGGACUUGCCCAGGCUGCUAUUCACAGAAACGUCAUGAAGGAGUUUUAUGACAAGGUCGAUGAGGCGGUGGCGGUGGUGGACCAGUCUGGCGUGGAAGUUAAGCGGAGAGGUCUGUCGGAAAUAUGUGAGAAUAUUAAGCGAGAUCAUGAGAAGUUGGCGGGGAGUGCAUCGUGGAGCGAUGAGAAUCGAUUGUAUGAUGGUGUUCUUGGCCGUGGGUUGAGUGAUGCUGUUGCGCUGUGUGCGCAGAUCCGCGUCACGGAAGGGGAAUUGGAAGAGCGAGUCGCAGAGAUACUGCAUCAUAAUGCGUAUGUUGCGGCCAGUGCGGCAUGGAAACCGCCUCAUAUGCCGAAAUACGACUUUUUCCUAAUUCACAGUUUGAAUUCGUCACCCUUUUUGUUAUCGCUCAACAAGGAGUGUAUCUCGACAGCAGCCAAGAUUCGCAUAAUCGAACAUAAAAUGCGGUAUGAUGUGGUUCAGUAUAUUGCGAGGGGCGUGCCGCCUCUCUCGCCGUCCUUUAUCAAGAAAUAUGUGCCGGAGGAGAAGCCCGUGUCCAAGCCAGAGGACCUGAUUCCACGGUUUCACAAGAUCAUCGAUGACGGGCACCUCAUCAAGGUGGUGAGGUCGUUGCUUUUGGCGCAGGAUGUGUCGCGGAAGUGGAAGGGCAGAGAGUGGGUGAGGCUGGAUGGGGAGGAGGAUUGGAUCAAGGCGCAUUAUAUGCUGUUGAAGGGGGUGGAGGGCCAGGAGACGCUUUGGGUGAGGAGUUCGGGGUUUGAGGAGGCGUGGGAGGGGGUUGCGAAGUUGUGA